CCCCCCAUUGGCGGGGUCUCCCUGGCUAGACUUGCAGCACGUAUUCCCCUCAGAGACCAUUCUUUCCCAAAUCUCUCUAGAGCUGUUUGUCUCCCGCUUCUCCGUGUGUCUCCUCCUCCCGUACCUGUCACACUGCAGCUCCUUCCAUCUCCCCCUCCCAGCCAGUGGUGCCUCCCAGCCUCUUCCCCCGCCUCUCUCCUCCUUUCCCAGGCAUUGUGAACACCGGCUGUGGGCAGCGACGCUGUGCUGCUGCUUGGUGGCACAACGCUGGAUAAAACCUUGGAUAGUGGAUAAUAGGCGCUUGUGCUGGCAGAUCGCAUGGUAUCCCUGGGCAGUGUGCCUCCCGCCCUGCUCUCAGCCGUACUGCUCGGAAAUAUAAAAAUGCCUGGAAUAUCCAGCUAUUGUACUUUGUGGUGAUGCCUUCCGAGUGUGUACUGGAGUUGGCCUGUUAGCUCUGAUACACCAUGACUGUUUUCAGGCAAGAGAAUGUGGAGGAUUAUUAUGAUAUAGGAGAGGAGCUUGGAAGCGGUCAGUUUGCUGUGGUGAAAAAAUGCCAAGAAAAGAGCACAGGCGUGCAUUAUGCUGCAAAAUUUAUCAAGAAGCGAAGGACCAAAUCAAGUCGGCGUGGGGUGACCCGGGAGGAUAUAGAGAGGGAGGUCAGCAUACUGAAGGAGAUCCAGCACCCCAAUGUGAUCACGUUGCACGAAGUGUACGAGAAUAAAGCAGAUGUCAUUCUCAUUCUGGAGCUAGUUGCAGGAGGUGAGCUAUUUGACUUUCUUGCUGAAAAGGAGUCUCUGACAGAGGAGGAAGCUACAGAGUUCAUCAAGCAGAUCCUUAAUGGUGUGAAUUACCUCCACUCCCUGCACAUUGCCCACUUUGACCUCAAGCCUGAAAACAUCAUGCUGCUUGAUAGAAACGCACCAAAUCCUCGUAUUAAGAUCAUAGAUUUUGGCUUGGCUCACAGAAUCGACUCUGGAAAUGAAUUUAAGAACAUAUUCGGAACUCCAGAAUUUGUUGCGCCUGAAAUUGUAAAUUAUGAACCGCUUGGUCUUGAAUCUGAUAUGUGGAGUAUUGGAGUCAUAACAUAUAUUCUAUUGAGCGGGGCAUCUCCAUUCCUUGGGGAAACAAAGCAGGAGACCUUGGCUAAUAUAUCUGCUGUCAGUUAUGACUUUGAGGAGGAGUUCUUUAGUAGUACAAGUGACCUGGCCAAAGAUUUUAUAAGGCGGCUGCUAGUCAAGGACCCAAAAAAAAGGAUGACCAUUCAAGACAGUUUGUACCACCCUUGGAUUAAGCCAAAAGAUACUCAGCAAGCGCUGAGCAGGAAAGCCUCUGCAGUCAAUAUGGAGAAGUUUAAGAAGUUUGCUGCUCGCAGAAAAUGGAAACAAUCUGUCCGUUUGAUAUCCCUGUGCCAAAGACUGUCAAGAUCCUUCUUGUCCAGGAGCAACAUGAGUAUUGCUAGGAGUGAUGACACACUGGAUGAGGAGGACUCUUUUGUAAUGAAAGCCAUCAUUCAUGCCAUAAAUGACGAUAACGUUCCUGGUUUGCAGCAUCUUUUUGGGUCUUUGUCAAACUAUGAUGUGAACCAGCCAAACAAGCAUGGCACCCCUCCCUUGUUAAUUGCUGCUGGCUGUGGGAAUAUUCAGAUCCUUGAACUGCUCAUAAAGCGUGGCGCACAGAUUGAUGUACAAGAUAAGGCUGGGUCCAAUGCAAUUUACUGGGCUUCUCGUCAUGGUCACGUUGAGACUCUGAAAUUUCUACAUCAGAAUAACUGUCCUUUAGAUAUUAAAGAUAAGUCAGGAGAAACAGCACUUCACGUGGCGGCCCGUUAUGGACAUGCUGAAGUUAUUCAAUACUUGUGCAGCAUUGGAUCACAUCCAGACAUCCAGGAUAAGGAGGAAGAAACCCCUCUGCAUUGUGCUGCUUGGCAUGGUUACUACCCAGUGGCAAAAGCUCUGUGCCAGGCUGGCUGCAAUGUCAACAUUCGCAACAGGGAAGGGGAAACACCCAUUCUGACAGCAGCAGCAAGAGGGUACCACGAUAUUGUGGAAUGCUUGGUUGACCAUGGAGGCGACCUUGAUGCAACAGACAAGGAUGGGCACAUAGCACUCCACCUUGCAGUGAGACGGUGUCAGAUGGAAGUAGUGAAAACGCUCAUCAUCCAUGGAUGCUUUGUAGACUUCCAGGAUCGCCAUGGUAACACACCUCUGCAUGUUGCCUGCAAAGAUGGGAAUCUUCCUAUUGUAAUGGCACUGUGUGAGGCAAGAUGUAAUUUGGAUAUAACUAACAAGUAUGGCCGAACACCUUUACAUCUGGCAGCAAACAAUGGUAUAGUGGAAGUUGUCCGAUACCUCUGCGUCGCUGGUGCAAAUGUUGAAGCCUUGACUUUGGAUGGGAAAACAGCAGAGGAUCUCGCUAGGUCAGAACAGCAUGAGUCCGUUGUCAGUCUGCUCGCAAGGCUUCGAAGGGAUACCUACAGAACUUUGUUCAUUCAGCAGCUCAGACCUUCACCAACCCCCCAGCCAAGAAUUAAACUGAAGUUAUUUGGACACAUGGGAUCAGGAAAGACCACGCUUGUAGAGUCCCUCAAAUGUGGCCUUAUCCGAAGCUUCUUCAGAAGACGCAGACCUCGUCUUUCAUCAACUAACUCUUCCCGUUUUCCUUCUUCUCCACUAACAGCUAAGACAGUUUCAGUGAGCAUCUCGGAUCUCUACCCUGGUUGUGAGAAUGUUAGUGUAAGAAGUCGGAGUAUGAUGUUUGAGCCAGGACUAACCAAAGGGGUUCUUGAAGUAUUUGUUUCACCGUCCCCUCACUGUUACACAGAUGACCAGUCAACCAAGGCUAUAGACAUCCAGAGUGCCAAUCUUAACGGUGUUGGAGAUUUUAGUGUGUGGGAAUUCUCUGGAAACCCAACGUAUUAUUGCAGCUAUGAUUAUUUUGCUGCCAAUGAUCCAACAUCAGUUCACAUUGUAGUGUUUAGCCUUGAAGAACCCUAUGAGAUUCAGCUGAAUCAAGUGAUAUUCUGGCUCAAUUUCCUAAAGUCACUUGUUCCUGUGGAAGAACCAAUAGCGUAUGGUGGGAAGCUGAAGAAUCUACUCCACGUUGUGUUGGUGGCCACACAUGCUGAUAUUGUUAACCUUCCUCGCCCUGCCGGAGGAGAAUUUGGUUACGACAAAAGUCUAGCAUUGCUGAAAGAAGUAAGAAAUAGAUUUGGAAACGAUCUCCAGAUUUUGGAUAGACUGUUUGUUCUGGAUGCCGGGGGAUCAGGGUCCAAGGAGAUGAAGCUUCUGAGGAAUCACCUCCAGGAAUUAAGAAGCCAGCUGAUAUCUGACUGUCCACCUAUGACACCGCUUUGUGAGAAGGUGAUGUCAACUCUUCCAUCCUGGAGAAAACAGAAUGGUCCCAAUCAACUUCUUUCUCUUCAACAAUUUGUAUAUGAUGUCCAGGACCAACUAAAUCCACUAGCAAGUGAAGAGGAUGUUAGAAACCUUGCAUUGCAACUGCACAGUAUUGGAGAAGUUAAUAUAAUGCAGAGUGAGACCGUCCAAGAUGUUGUGCUUCUAGAUCCACGAUGGCUGUGUCACAAUGUCCUCGGAAAGCUACUCUCUGUAGAAAACCCAAAAGCCCUACACCAUUACAGGGGAAGGUAUACAAUGGAAGAUAUUCAGCGCUUGGUCACCGACAGUGAUGUUGAUGAACUUGUGCAGAUCCUGGAUGCAAUGGACAUUUGUGCCCGAGAUCUAAGCAGCGGAGCUAUGGUGGACAUCCCUGCCCUCAUUAAAACAGACAACCUCCACCGAUCAUGGGCUGAUGAAGAAGAGGACAUAAUGAUUUAUGGAGGUGUUAGAAUUGUUCCUGUGGAACACCUUACUCCCUUUCCGUGUGGAAUUUUUCACAAAGUUCAAGUUAAUUUAUGCCGAUGGGUACAUCAACAGAGCGCCGACGGUGAUGCUGAUAUACGUUUAUGGGUAAACGGUUGUAAAAUAGCAAAUCGAGGGGCAGAGGUUUUGGUGUUGAUGGUCAACCAUGGUCAAGGAAUUGAAGUGCAAGUUAGGGGUCUGGAAACUGAGAAAAUCAAGUGUUGUCUACUUCUUGAAUCCAUUUGCAGUAUCAUUGACAACUUAUUUGCAACAACGUUGCCUGGUCUUUUAACUGUAAAACAUUACUUGAGCCCUCAACAGCUAAGAGAGCAUCACGAGCCACUGAUGGUUUACCAACCUAGAGACUUUUUUCGGGCCCAAAUACAAAAGGAGACUUCACUGGCUAACACCAUGGCUGGAUACAAAGAGAGCUUUAGCAGCAUUCUUUGUUUUGGGUGCCUGGAUGUUUACUCUCAAGGAAACCUAGGCCUGGAUCACCAUGUGUCCGAUAUCAAUAUUCUUGUUAGAAGAAAGCUCAGCCGACUUUUAGACCCACCAGAUCCCAUGGGAAAGGACUGGUGUCUACUAGCUAUGAAUUUGGGCCUACCUGACUUAGUUGCCAAAUACAAUACUAACAAUUCUGUACAAAAAGACUUUUUGCCUAGUCCAAUGUGUGCUCUUCUGCAGGAAUGGAGCAAUUCUCCUGAAAGUACUGUAUCGCUCCUAAUGUCUAAACUGAGAGAACUUGGGCGCAGGGAUGCAGCAGAUUUUUUACUAAAAGCAUCCUCUGUUUUUAAGGUGACUCUUGAUAUCCAUGGACAAGAAGCCUAUGCGGCAAGCUGCAACAGCGGCACAUCCUAUAAUUCAAUUAGCUCAGUCGUGUCACGAUGAGUAAAUUAGUCCGCAUGAUCUUCUAUAGCUAUCUAAACAACCAGUAUGAGAAGUGUAGUUUAUAUGUGUUUCAUAGGGGUUUCUAACCAUUAAUUUAUAAACAAUGUCAAAGAAUGCCACAUGCCAUCAGAACCUGGUAGCUUUCUACUUUUUAAUAAGGGUGACUGCCUUUUAUCAUAUAUUUUAAAGGCUCCCAUGAAUUUUUCACUCCAGAGUUCUAUAAUAAUGUGCUGCUAGUUACUGCCACCUGAACAGAUAAUAUAUACUGUUCAUUUUUUCUAAUUAAUUCUUUUAUACAUUUUACUAACCAGACUGGACAGUUGUUCACGUGUAGAAGAGAGGGCUCUCAUUUUAUGUCUGCUGAUUUGGUAACUGAUUCAGCUACAGAUGAUAGCAAAUUUUGCUGUACAUUAGAGUUGCCCAACCUGCAGACCUCAAGCUCUUGGAUAAUGCCAUUUUACUUUAUCAGUAGCUGGCAGAGCCCAGGUUGGACAGCCCCCUCUGUUUAUAUUCAUAAAGCCAAUACAGCAGCAUGAGUGCCUUGCUCUCACAGGUUAGGUUACAAUAGGCCAGAACCUGCUCUCAAGCACUUUCCACUGGGCUCUACCUCUCUAUCGUUGUCUCCACGAUAAUCCUUGUGUCAAAAGAACAUUUAAGAUUUAACACAUUAAACUUCCUUCAUCAUGAAUACAUACAAUUACCUUCCUAUUUUGCGAAGAUUACUGCAAGAACUAUACAAGGCUUCUUGCAUAUUCCCCUGCAGUUAGCAAUGAGACUCUAUUGCUCAGGUACAAUAUUGAUUUUAUCAUUUCCAAGCAGAUAUGUGAACAAUUAGAAGUAUUGUAGGUUUUUUCCUUUUAACUCCUUCGAGUACUUGAAUGGUUGUCAGCACACUUUACCUAAACAGUGCUUUUCAGGUCAUCCAGAAUAGCGGGAGUUAAACUGAAAUGCUUUACCAGUCUCAACUUUCCCUCCUGCCCAUUCAUUCCAGACAUCUCAGGUAUGAGUUCUAACUAUCCUCAUUUGUAUGCUUAGUUUUGUAUUGUAAAAAGGACCUUAAGGCUGAUGGCCCAUGAAGCAAGUUAGUCGCCUACGAUAGAUCUCUGCAUCACAGGUAAUUAACCCGUCCAAAAUGCCUUUCCACCGGCAACAAUAGGAGUCGCCAGCAGAAAGGCCUACUCAUCACUUCAGCUUUCCGAAGUCACCGCACCUGUAGUCAACCACGGGACUUCAAAAACCAAAGCGAUGUGUAGGCCUUUCCACUGGCAACUCCUAUUGUUGUCAGUGAAAAGGAAGUUAAUCGCCUGUGGUAGUAGAGAUCAUUGCAGGUGACUAACUCACUCUGUAGGCCAUCAGCUUAAGGGUGAAGACACACGGAGCUACUAGUAGCAGCUACUUGUCACAGCUACUAAAAUAGACAAUGCUGAUCAUUUACUGAUAAUUGUCUCUAUGUGUGUUUUAGCAGAGGCAAUUCUCUGUUGUCUAUGGCGGGGUAUUUUCUGGCGUUUAGUAACCAUGACAAGUAGCUGCUAUUAUGUUUCUUCACUCUAUUGGUUAAAAAGGAAACUUCCAUGACUCUUAUACAAUUAUUUCCUUGCUAAUCUGUACUUGCCAACAUUCCUUUUAAGCAAUUUUCACUAACUUAACUGUUCUAAUGAAAAGAAAUCUCUGUGCAAAGACUGAAGGGGUCAUGAGCCAUUUGUGUGUGGCAUUAUUCCCUGUUAUUGACCAAAGAAGCAGUAGGAUAGAGUUAGCUGGGACUGUCUGGCAAUCGCUGAGUAUUAUAAAUGCAAGGGGUCUAUUAAAAACCUGGUGUUGAACGUUCAUAUAGACAUAUUUUAUGUAAAGCAUUACUGUUUAUUUAAAUCACUGCAAGGACCAUUUAUAUUAUUAGUUAUUAUAGUUUGCACACAACAACAGGCAGCAUCUAGGGUGCAUUAUUUGAUUUCUUGUACUUGAAACAAAGAAGCAAGGUCAGUUGCUUUGGUUUAUAAAACACAGCCAAUGUGGAAGGGGGAAAUUACAUUUAUCUUUGGAAGCUGCAUGUGUUAUGAAUGGACAUAUGUACAUGUAUAUAAAGGAGUAACCUUUCCAUUUAUUAAUGUUUUAUUUGUAGUACAAUUUUAAACUUUUUAUAUUUGUAAAUAUAUAUGAAUAAACAUGUUGCCUGUUGCAUCAUGCUCUGAA